UGCGGGGCCUGCGGGGGCGCUGGCCGGGCCCGGCCAGGCCGCGAUGGCGACCAAGAAGGCGGGCUCGCGGCUGGAGACGGAGAUCGAGCGCUGCCGCUCCGAGUGCCAGUGGGAGCGGAUCCCCGAGCUCGUCAAGCAGCUGUCGGCCAAGCUCAUCGCCAACGAUGAUAUGGCAGAACUCCUCCUCGGGGAAUCAAAGCUGGAGCAGUACCUGAAAGAACACCCCCUGCGGCAGGGGGCCAGUCCCCGAGGCCCCAGGCCCCAGAUGACUGAGGUCCGCAAGCAUCUGACCGCUGCCCUGGACCGAGGGAACCUCAAGUCAGAAUUCCUACAAGAGUCCAAUCUGAUCAUGGCCAAGUUGGAUUAUGUUGAAGGAGACUAUGAAGCCGCACUCAACAUUUAUGCCCGGGUGGGCCUGGAAGACUGGCCGCUGACGGGCGUCCCCCCUUACAGGUUGCGGAUGGCCGCGGACGCCUACGCCACCAAAGGACUUUGUUUAGAGAAGUUGCCUAUUUCUUCUUCUGCCAGUAAUCUCCAUGUGGAUCGGGAACAGGAUGUCAUCACCUGUUAUGAGAAGGCAGGGGACAUUGCACUCCUGUACCUCCAAGAGAUAGAAAGGGUAAUACUUUCUAAUAUUCAAAACAGAAGUCCUAAGCCUGGCUCUGCUCCCCACGAUCAAGAACUAGGUUUUUUCCUAGAAACAGGACUACAGAGAGCCCAUGUCCUCUAUUUCAAAAAUGGCCCUGGACUGGAUGAGAUCGGAGAGGGACAGACCAUAAAGAGAGAAGCAAAGCCCAGGACCCAGCAGGAAACCUGCAAGAGUUGGAGGAGGAGCCCAUGGAGGAGCUGCCUGAGGAACUUGACGAGAGGAGUCGGGAGAUUUAGAGAGAUCCUCAGAGCAGUGGAAACGAGAACAACCCAGAACCUGCGAAUGACAAUAGCCAGGCAGCUGGCGGAGAUCUUGUUGCGGGGUAUGUGUGAGCAGAGCUACUGGAACCCUCUGGAGGAUCCGCCAGGCCAGUCACCUCUGGACGAUCCUCUCCGGAAAGGAGCAAACACAAAAACCUACACCCUCACGCGGAAAGCCCGUGUCUACUCAGGAGAGAACAUUUUUUGUCCGCAAGAAAAUACUGAAGAAGCCCUGUUGUUAUUGCUGAUUAGUGAAUCAAUGGCCAACCGGGACGCUGUGCUGAGCAGGAUACCCGAGCACAAGAGCGACCGCCUCAUCAGUUUACAGAGUGCGUCUGUGGUCUAUGACUUACUGACCGUCGCUCUCGGGAGAAGAGGCCAGUAUGAGAUGCUGUCAGAGUGCUUAGAAAGAGCCAUGAAGUUUGCCUUUGAGGAGUUCCACCUCUGGUACCAGUUUGCUCUGUCACUCAUGGCUGCUGGAAAAUCUGCUCGCGCGGUGAAGGUGCUGAAAGAGUGCAUCCGCCUGAAGCCGGACGACGCCACCAUCCCGCUCCUGGCCGCAAAGCUGUGCAUGGGCUCCCUUCACUGGUUGGAAGAGGCUGAGAAGUUUGCCAAAACCGUCGUUGAUGCGGGAGAGAAAACGUCAGAGUUCAAGGCCAAAGGCUACUUGGCCCUGGGGCUUACGUACAGUCUGCAGGCCACUGACGCUUCUUUGCGAGGGAUGCAGGAGGUCCUACAGAGAAAGGCGCUUCUUGCAUUUCAGAGGGCCCACAGCCUGUCACCUACAGAUCACCAAGCAGCUUUCUACCUGGCUCUGCAGCUUGCCAUCUCCAGACAGAUACCAGAGGCUCUGGGGUAUGUCCGCCAAGCUCUUCAACUUCAAGGCGAUGAUGCCAACUCGCUGCACCUCCUUGCUCUCCUGUUGUCGGCACAAAAGCAUUACCAUGAUGCUCUGAAUAUCAUUGACAUGGCCCUGAGUGAAUAUCCAGAAAAUUUUAUACUACUGUUUUCCAAAGUGAAGCUGCAGUCGCUGUGCCGGGGCCCGGAUGAGGCGCUCCUCACUUGUAAGCACAUGCUACAGAUUUGGAAAUCCUGCUACAAUCUUACCAAUCCCAGUGAUUCUGGACGUGGGAGCAGCCUCUUAGAUAGAACCAUUGCUGACAGACGACAGCUUAAUACAAUUACUUUGCCAGACUUCAGCGAUCCCGAGACAGUGUCAGAUUCCUCCUCCUCCUCUUCUCUUUCAAGAACCGAAUCUCCUCUCCACCUGUUUGUAUCUUCUCAUCUUCAUUCUCAUCCCAAACCCGAUACCUUUGUGUGGCCCCCGGCAGCUCAUUCAGUCAGUGACCCAGGUCCCCGCCAGGAACCCUCUCUGUGCAACUCUCCAGAAGUAUACUUUCAUGGUUUUCCCUCCCUUUUUUCAGUUAGCUCUGUCCACGCCACGUCGGUAGCAGCCUCCAGAGUGGAGCAGGCACUGUCGGAAGUGGCGUCGUCUCUGCAGAGCAGCACCCCCAAGCAGGGCCCGCUACACCCCUGGAUGACGCUGGCGCAGAUCUGGCUCCACGCAGCUGAAGUCUACAUUGGCAUUGGGAAGCCGGCAGAAGCCACAGCCUGUACCCAAGAGGCUGCCAACCUCUUCCCGAUGUCCCACAACGUCCUGUACAUGCGAGGCCAGGUUGCCGAGCUCCGAGGAAACAGCGAGGAGGCCCGGCGGUGGUACGAAGAGGCCUUAUCCAUAAGCCCCACCCACGUGAAGAGCAUGCAGCGGCUGGCCCUGAUCCUCCAUCAGCUGGGCCGCUACAGUCUGGCCGAGAAGAUCCUCCGGGACGCGGUGCAGGUGAACUCCACGGCCCACGAGGUCUGGAACGGACUGGGCGAGGUCCUGCAAGCUCAGGGCAACGACGCGGCGGCCACUGAGUGCUUCCUGACGGCCUUGGAGCUGGAGGCCAGCAGCCCCGCGGUGCCCUUCACCAUAAUCCCCCGCGUGCUCUGAGCAGCGCCCCAGCCUCACUGCCGCCCAGGCCAAGGGGGCCCCGCCUGGGCGCUGAGGGUCGAGUGUGCGCGCCAAGGCCCUGGAUGAAUGUGCGACUGACCACAGUGGACUAACCAAACCAACCCCCGAUCACCGCUCUCCACGUGCAUUUCUGUUGUCGUUUUCGCCAGCCCAAUGAUAGUUUCUGAAUCUAUUGACAUUGUUCAAAAUGGAUCAUGUGCCAUAUUUUGUUAGCUGACGUCUAAGUUUUAAGUAAAGUGAUCAUGGAAUUAAUCUGCAAAUGUAGAAGAAUAUAUUCAAAGUUAAAAUUCAGUGGCAGAACAGAUUAUUUUUAUCAGAGCUAUAAAGAAAACUGUUCUCUCCCCACCAUCACCACUCCUGCCCUACCCUUGGCCCAGAAACCAAAUGUGAAUUUUCUGUUUUCCGCCUCAGUACUCGUCCAAGCCAGGACACCAGCCGACAAUUUCUUGGUUUUGUUGUCAGUAAUUGUACCAUGUGAUAAAUUACUGCCCUCACUUAGAACAAAGCCUGAGUCCAAGAAUAUUUAUAUUUUACCAAUAUAGGCCUGUUACAAGAGAAGGAAAUAUGAGUUAUUUAAGUUUAACUUUUUUAUGUGAAUUCAGAGUUUAUUUAUCGAUGGAAAUAUGUACAAAGAAGCUUCAAAUGGAAUAUUUACCGACAUUCCUUAUACAUGACAGACACUUGGCUAAAUGGAAAG